AUGGGAGAAGGGAUUUUCACCAAACUCUUCCAGAAAAGGUCGUUUCUCCGCUUCGUGAAGAAGUAUCAGCCCCUUGGAAGCGGCGAGCCGGAAGAGGAGCCCUGUGAUGAGUGUGAGCUGAAAAUAAUUGAGCAGGAGAAGGAGGUGACAGUUGUGCCCCCGAAAGAUGCCUGCAAAUGCCACAAGGAAGACUUGGCGAGAGCUCUGAAGGUUGAUUUACAGACUGGACUGUCCGAGUUUUCCGUGCUCCAGCGCAGGUUAAAACACGGUUGGAAUGAAUUUUCAGUAGAGAAGAAGGAGUCGAUAUGGAAGAAAUAUCUGGACCAGUUCAAAAGCCCCCUCAUCCUCCUGCUGCUGGCCUCAGCUUUGGUGAGCGUCAUCACAAAGGAAUACGAGGAUGCAGCCAGCAUCACCAUGGCCGUGCUCAUCGUGGUCACCGUGGCCUUCAUCCAGGAAUAUCGCUCUGAAAAAUCUCUGGAGGAGCUCAACAAGCUGGUGCCCCCCGAGUGCAACUGCCUAAGGGAUGGGAAACUGCAGCAUCUUCUAGCACGAGAGCUGGUGCCUGGAGAUAUCAUCUACCUGUCUGUUGGAGACAGGGUUCCUGCAGACCUCAGGCUGAUAGAGGUUACAGAUCUGCUGGUGGAUGAAUCCAGUUUUACUGGAGAAGCUGAGCCUUGCAACAAGACUGAUACUGUGUUGCUGGAAGCUGGAGACAUAACCACACUGAGCAAUGUGGUUUUCAUGGGGACCCUGGUGCAAUACGGGAAGGGAAAAGGCAUAGUUAUUGGCACAGGAGAAAGUUCCCAGUUUGGCGAGGUGUUCAAAAUGAUGCAAGCUGAAGAGACUCCCAAGACUCCUCUACAGAAAAGCAUGGACAGACUGGGGAAGCAGCUCAGCCUGUUCUCCUUUGGCAUAAUCGGUCUGAUAAUGCUCAUUGGGUGGUUACAAGGGAAGCAUCUCCUCAGCAUGUUCACCAUUGGAGUCAGCCUGGCCGUGGCUGCCAUCCCUGAGGGCCUUCCCAUCGUGGUCACAGUCACCCUGGUGCUGGGAGUUCUCCGGAUGGCCAAGAGGAAGGUGAUUGUGAAGAAGCUGCCCAUAGUAGAAACCUUAGGUUGCUGCAAUGUCAUCUGCUCGGAUAAGACGGGCACCCUGACUGCCAACGAGAUGACAGUGACUCGGCUGCUGACCUCGGAUGGCUUCCAGGCAGAGGUCAGCGGGGUGGGCUACAAUGGAGAAGGAAAUGUUUAUCUUCUGCCAACAAAGGAGAUCCUUAAAGAAUUUUCCAACGUCUCCAUUGGGAAGUUAGUGGAGGCUGGCUGUGUGGUCAAUAAUGCCGUUAUCAGGAAAAACAGUGUGAUAGGACAACCCACAGAAGGAGCUCUCAUUGCCCUGGCAAUGAAGAUGGAAUUAGCUGACAUAAAAGACAUUUAUGUAAGAAAGAAGGAAAUUCCAUUUAGCUCUGAGCAGAAGUGGAUGGCUGUGAAAUGCACACUGAAAAAUCAGGACCAGGAAGAUAUUUACUUCAUGAAAGGAGCAUUUGAAGAGGUUAUUCAAUACUGCACUCUGUACAACAGUGGUGGCAUCUCACUGUCACUCACCCCCCAGCAGAAAGCCUUCUACCAGCAGGAAGAGAAACGAAUGGGCUCCUCAGGACUUCGAGUACUUGCUUUGGCUUCAGGUCCAGAACUUGGCAAACUAACAUUUUUAGGUCUGGUUGGAAUAAUUGAUCCCCCGAGGACUGGAGUGAGGGAAGCUGUUCAAGUCCUCUUUGAGUCUGGUGUGUCAGUAAAGAUGAUAACUGGAGAUGCCCUGGAAACAGCUGUGGCUAUAGGACAGAAUAUUGGUCUCUGCAAUGGGAAGCUGAAAACUAUGUCUGGGGAAGAGCUGGACCAACUGGAAGAAGCAGAGUUGUCAUCCACUGUCCAAAGUGUUUCUAUUUUUUUCAGAACAAGUCCAAAGCACAAACUAAAAAUAAUAAAGGCUUUGCAGAGGGCUGGUGCUGUGGUGUCCAUGACAGGAGACGGUGUCAACGAUGCCGUGGCCCUCAAAUCCGCGGACAUCGGGAUCGCGAUGGGACAAGCCGGCACAGACGUGAGCAAAGAGGCUGCCAACAUGAUCCUGGUGGAUGAUGACUUCUCCAAAGUAAUGAAUGCAAUAGAAGAGGGAAAGGGAAUAUUUUACAACAUAAAGAAUUUUGUCCGGUUCCAGCUGAGCACGAGUAUCUCAGCUUUGAGCCUUGUCACUCUGUCAACAGUGCUCAACCUACCAAAUCCACUCAAUGCUAUGCAGAUCUUAUGGAUCAACAUCAUCAUGGAUGGGCCGCCAGCCCAGAGCUUGGGAGUUGAACCUGUUGACAGGGACACCAUCAAACAGCCCCCCCGGUGUGUCACAGACACCAUACUCAGCAAAUCACUGAUCCUGAAAAUCUUCAUGUCAGCUCUCAUUAUCAUCAGUGGAACCCUCUUUGUCUUCUGGAAGGAGAAUCCAAAAAGUGGCAUAACUCCUCGAACCACAACGAUGACUUUUACCUGCUUUGUGUUUUUUGACCUCUUCAAUGCCCUGACGUGUCGCUCUCAGACAAAGUUGAUCCUUGAAAUCGGCUUUUUUCGGAACCGCAUGUUCCUCUAUUCCGUGCUUGGAUCAUUUUUGGGGCAGCUGGCUGUUAUAUACAUCCCUCCACUCCAAAAGAUCUUCCAGACAGAGAAUUUAGGAGUGUUAGACCUGCUGUUCCUCACCGGACUGGCUUCCUCAGUGUUCGUCGUGUCCGAGCUCGUCAAACUGUGUGAAAAGCGCUGCUGCCGCCCGGGGCGCACAAAGGGGCGUCACAACUGACUCAGACCUGCUCUAAAACACGCCUGGAACAGAGCUGUGAUGAUGGGUAAUCCAAAUGCACCUCUCUCUGAUGCCACACAUCCUUCCUGAAGAUACCCACGUGCAAUCUGUACCAACAGAGGCUCCUCCACAUGCUCCACUGGAGCUGUUCUACUGAAACCUCUGCAGCAGCUCCUGUUUCAAACCAAGAGCAGGUAUAUUUUUAUAACAUAUGUUACGAAGGCUGUGAUAGUCCCAGACAAAAUAAGAGUUUCACACCUGUACAGAAAAAUAUAUUGUGCAUAAACUGAAAUUUUAUUUAUUUAAA